AUGGCGUUCGCAACCAGAUCAUCAUCGCUCUCUGCGCUGCGUCAACUCGGCUCCGGACCAGCCGUCGCUUCCAGCUCGCGCACUGUUGUCGCCGCCUUGUCCACCUCGGCUUCGUCAUCCUACGCUGCACCUACAUCAGAAGAGGCGACAGCACGCAAAGCUCCCUUUUCCGCCGCAUCCGAAGCUUCCAGGUCACCGACAGAACCCAAUGCUAUCGGACGUGGCCACAAGUCGGCUGGUCGAGGACGUCCCAAAAUGCUCGCUCCCUUUGACGAGUGGAUCCAGUCCGAUGCACGCGCCUACAAGCAGCCCAAACCAGGGAUGGGUCCCAACUGGAUCGGCGACACACCCUUCCCGCUCAACCCAUCGUUCAACCCACCCGCGCCUGUUCGUCAGAGCACCAAGUCCGAGAUUUGGAAGUUGCACGAGAGCGAUCCGAAGCAAUGGACCAUCCGUGCCCUUUCCGAAAAAUUCUCGAUCGGCCUGCAGAGAACCGAGGCUAUCUUGCGGUUGAAGGCGCUUGAAGGUGAAUGGACAUCACAGAGCAAACCACUGCAAAGCGAGUUCCAAUCCAACAUGGACCGCCUACUCGGUGCGCAGGACCGCAAGCGUGCCCCCGAGCCAGAACCCUCGGUUCAGUCCACCGACAAGUCGCUGCGUGGAACGCAGCACGAAGAGUUCUCCGAGUCCGAUCCGCUGGAUGCCCCCUCAGUCAUCGCCCCCGCCCUCGCCCAAGAAGGUCUCAAGCGAUCCAGCAUGAUUGCCGCGCUGCCCAGCGGGGGUCCGGAUGCAGAUGCAAAGAGUUCCAGCAAGGUGGUCAAGACAGCAAGGGCACCUCUGUCCAUCACCAACGUCUCGGGAGACUCGUACAAGGGUGCCGGUCGUGUCGAGCGAAACGUGCGUCGUGCAGAGAAGAGGAAAGGCUCUCAGGCGAAGACGGGUGCCAAAAAGUAG